AUGGAAGCUCUGUUACUGGCUUUCCUUGUGCUUUUCUCACUUUCCAUAUCAAACACUUCCCUGGCAAAUAAUUUAGUUUCUAAAACACAAUUCCUUAAAUCUGGGGAUGAUACCCUCGUCUCCAAAGGCGGAAUCUUUGAGAUGGGAUUUUUUAGCCGCCCCACCAAUUCCUUAAACACUUACAUAGGCAUAUGGUACAGACAAGAUCCUAAGAAGACAGUGGUUUGGGUAGCAAACAGAGAUCAUCCACUCACAAACACAUCUUCAGCAGCCUUGAAAAUCACCCUGGAAGGCCAACUCGCACUUGUUGGAGACAACAAUCAUGCUGUUUGGUAUGCAAAUCAAUCAAGAUCAGUGCAGAAUCCAGUUGCAGAGUUGCUGGAUUCUGGGAAUUUUGUGGUUAGAGAUGCAGAUGAUGAAAACCCAGAGAAUUUUCUCUGGCAAAGUUUUGAUUAUCCCACGGAUCAUAACUUACCCGGAAUGAAAAUAGGGUGGAAUUUCCAGACUGGUCAUGAGGUUUUCAUCACAUCUUGGAAGAGCGAAGACGAUCCAGCUUCCGGGCAAUACACACUUCACCUGGAUCCUUCAGGGUAUCCACAAAUUGUGAUCAAGAACGGACCGAACAGGAUUUAUGCCUCGGGGCCCUGGACUAAUUUGAGCUCUAGUGAAUCAGGGGGAAAGGGCAGUAUUUUACCAUUUUGGCUGGUUAGGAAUAAAAGGGAGGCUUACAUGACAUAUGGUCUCAGUAAGGCCAUAAGUUCUUUAAGAUUUGUGCUUACUAGUAAUGGUCUUGUCAAAGGAUUUGUGUGGGAAAAUCAGACCAAAGAAUGGGAUAGUUUUUCAACUACAUCAUUGGAUAGUUGUGAUACUUAUGGUGUUUGUGGGGGAAAUGGUUUCUGCAAUGUGGAUGGUUUUCCUACUUGUGGGUGUUUGGAAAAGUUUUUGCCUAAUAACAAUGCCUCUGAGAAUUUGUCUUUAGGAUGCCAUAGGAGAAAGCCACUUAGCUGCAAGGAUGGGUCUUCAUUCCAAAUCUAUUCUGGAAUCAAAUUGCCAGACACAAACAACUCUUGGUAUUUUGAGUCUGUGAUCAAUCUGCAAGAGUGUGAACAAAUUUGCUUGAGGAAUUGCUCGUGCACCGCCUAUUCGAUUCUCAGCAAAAGAAAUGGAGGGAUUGGGUGUUUGGUUUGGUUUGGAGAUUUGAUUGGGAUUAGAUCAGUGUCUCCCAACGGGCAAGACAUAUACAUCAGACUCGCUUCUUCUGAAGUAACAGCAGGACCAAAUCAUUCAAGCUCAAUAGGGAGGAAGACCAAAAUCAUUGUGCUUUGUUUGUUGCUGCCGGUUGUAAUAGUUCUUCUAGGGGUGUUGCUUUCUUGGUAUUUUUGCAGGAAUAAAAAGACAGAAGAAAGUUUGGAGGAAGAAUUAGAGCUACCCAUGUUCGACUGGUCGGUAAUGUUAAGAGCUACAAAUAACUUUUCAAACAAGAUAGGACAGGGUGGAUUUGGGGUAGUGUACAAGGGUGUUCUUGAUGGGGGAGAAGAAAUAGCUGUGAAGAGACUAUCAAAGAAUUCUGUACAAGGAUUACGGGAAUUUAAGAAUGAAGUCAGUUGUAUCGCCAAAUUACAACAUCGGAAUCUUGUGAAGCUUCUGGGAUGUUGCAUUAGUGGAGAAGAAAAGAUGUUGAUUUAUGAAUACAUGUCUAACAAAAGUUUGGACUUUUUCAUAUUUGAUCAAACAAGGAAAAAGUUGCUUGAUUGGCCAAAACGCUUCAACAUAAUUAAUGGAAUUGCGAGAGGAUUAUUGUAUCUCCAUCAAGAUUCUCGACUAAGAAUAAUCCAUAGAGAUCUCAAAGCAAGCAAUGUUUUGCUUGAUACUGAUUUGAACCCGAAGAUAUCAGACUUUGGCUUGGCUAGAAGUAUAGUAGGAAAUGCAACCGGAGAUAACACAAAACGAGUUGCUGGAACACAUGGGUAUAUGUCUCCAGAAUAUGCUGGACAUGGAAUCUUCUCCGUUAAAUCGGACGUGUUUAGCUUUGGUAUUUCAGUACUUGAAAUAGUCAGUGGUAGGAGAAAUAAUGAGUUUAUCAAUGAAGAUCAAUACGUGACUCUUCCAGAACAUGCAUGGAAGCUUUAUAGAGAAGGAAAAUCAAUUUUGCUAGUUGAUCAGCAUAUAGCUGGUUCAUAUGAUGUAGUUCAAGUGCUAAGGUCUAUCCAUAUCGGCCUUCUAUGUGUGCAACAAUCUCCAGAUGAUAGACCAGACAUGUCUUCUGUAGUUCAAAUGUUGGUUAAUAAUUUUGCAUUGCCUCAAGCUAAAGAGCCCGGCUUCUUUUUUGGCAAGGAAUAUCCUUCAGGCACACAUUCAAAAAGGUCCCAAAAUGAAAAAUUCCUCUACCAUUCUCUAUCUGCAGUAGCCAUGGAAGUUCUUUUACAAGUUUUGAUUAUACUUUCGAUAUCAAAUAUUUGCUUGGGAAAGGAUAUCGAUUUAAUUUCAAGAACGCAAUUUCUGAAAGAUGGGGAUACCAUCAUCUCAAAAGGUGGAACCUUUGUGAUGGGAUUUUUUAGCCCAACCAAUUCCUCAAACCGUUAUGUAGGAAUCUGGUACAAACAGAUUCCUGUUCAGACAGUGGUUUGGGUUGCAAACAGAGAUGCUCCACUUGCUAACACAUCUUCAGCUGUCUUGAAGAUCACCCUGGGAGGCCAACUUUCACUUCUUGGAGACAAGGGUCAGGCUGUUUGGUCUGUGAACACAUCACGAUCGGUGCAAAAUCCGGUUGCAGAGUUGCUGGAUACUGGGAACCUUGUGGUGAGAGAUGCAGAUGAUGAAAACCCCGAGAAUUUUCUCUGGCAAAGUUUUGAUCAUCCAACUGAUCAUUUGUUACCCGGAAUGAAGUAUGGGUGGAAUUUGCAGACUGGUCAUGAGGUUUUUUUAACAGCUUGGAAGGGUGAAAAUGACCCAGCUUCAGGCCAGUAUACACAGCACCUGGAUCUUACUGGAUAUCCACAACUUAUUCUCAAGAAUGGAACAACUGAGAUUUUUAGCACAGGUCCAUGGAAUGGUUUGCGCUUUAGUGUAUCAACAGAAGAACAGAACAGCAACAACCUUGGCCCGCAAGGAGUGGUUAUAAAUAAAAAGGAGGUUUAUUUUUGGUAUAAUCCCAGAAAUGAUUUGAGUUUAUUUAGAUUUGUUGUUACAAGCAAUGGUUUUCUAAAAGCAUGGGUAUGGGAAGAUCAGAUCAAGCAAUGGGUGAAUUAUCGUAGCCAACCUGCAGAUAUUUGUGGCACAUAUGGUUUAUGUGGUGGAAAUGGUGUCUGCAACAUACAGCAAUUUCAUGGUUGUGUAUGUUUAGACAAAUUUUUGCCUAACAAUAAUGCCACAGCCACAGGAAGCUUGUCACAAGGAUGCCACAGGAGAAAACCCCUGAGUUGCCACAAUAAUGGAUCUUCAUCAGAUGGAUUCCUCAAAUAUUCUAAUAUCAAAUUGCCAGAUACAAAGCAGUCUUGGUAUAAUGAAUCUAUGAGCCUUCAAGAGUGUAAACAAGUUUGCUUGAGGAAUUGCUCUUGUAUGGCUUAUUCCACUCUCAAUAUAAGCAACGGAGGAAGUGGGUGUUUGAUUUGGUACGAAGAUUUGGUUGAUAUGAGAACAGUACAGAAUGGGCAGGACUUGUAUAUCAGACUGGCUUCUUCUGAAAUACCAGGGUUAAAACCAGAACUACAUCAUUCAAGCUCAUUAGGGAGGAAAAUAAAAAUCCUUGUGAUUUGUGUGUCGCUGCUGGUUGUAAUAGUUCUUGCUGCGGUGUAUCUUUUCUUCUAUUUCUACAAAAGAAAAAGGAAAGAACAAUUGUUGAAGCAAGAAUUAGAACUACCAAUAUUCGAUUGGUCAACAAUAUCAAGAGCAACAAAUAAUUUCUCAGAGAUAAACAAAUUAGGCCAAGGUGGAUUUGGAGUCGUGUAUAAGGGUGCAUUGAAUGGGGGAGAAGAAAUAGCUGUGAAGAGGCUAUCAAAGAACUCCAAACAAGGCUUUGAGGAAUUUAAGAAUGAAGUUAUUUGUAUAGCCAAAUUACAACAUCGGAAUCUUGUCAAGCUUCUAGGAUGUUGCAUUAGCGGAGAAGAAAAGAUGUUGAUCUAUGAAUAUAUGCCUAACAAAAGUUUGGACUUCUUCAUAUUUGAUCAAACAAAGAAAAAGUUGCUUGAUUGGCCAAAACGCUUCAACAUAAUUAAUGGAGUUGCGCGAGGGUUAUUAUAUCUCCAUCAAGAUUCUCGACUAAAAAUAAUCCAUAGAGAUCUCAAAGCUAGUAAUGUUUUGCUUGAUACUAAUUUGAAUCCAAAGAUAUCGGACUUUGGCUUGGCUAGAAGUAUAGUUGAAAAUGCAAGUGGAGAUAACACAAAACGAGUUGCUGGAACACGUGGGUAUAUGUCUCCAGAAUAUGUUGGACAUGGAAUCUUUUCCGUUAAAUCGGAUGUGUUUAGCUUUGGCAUUUCAGUACUUGAGAUAGUCAGUGGCAAGAGAAAUACUGAGUUUGUCAAUGAAGAUCAAUAUGUGACUCUUCCUGAACAUGCAUGGAAGCUUUACAGAGAAGGAAAAUCAAUUGUACUGGUUGAUGAGCAUAUAGCUGGUUCAUGUGAUGUAGUUCAAGUUCUAAGAUCAAUCCAUAUCGGCCUUUUAUGUGUGCAACAAUCUCCAAAGGAUAGACCAUGCAUGUCCUCUGUAGUUCAAAUGUUGGUUAAUGAUUUUGCAUUGCCUCAAGCUAAAGAGCCCGGCUUCAUUUUUGACAAAGAAUAUCCUUUAGGCACACCUGCAAAAAGUUCCCUAAAUGAAGUUACUAUUACGACAUUGAGUCCUCGUUGAAUGUAUAAUUUAGAUUUAUUUAAACUCAAUAUGAAAAAGAAAACUUAGAUAGUAAAAGAUAUCUUAGUUAUAUCCAUUGAUGCUUACAAAUUUGAAAUGUAGGCAUCAAUAAGAAGUGUGAACAUUAUUUUUGCAUAUGUGUAUGGUGUCAUUUAACAACCCAAUUUUAAUAUAACACAAAGGAAUUAAUUAACUUGAA